GGGACCUGCCCAGAGACGGACCGACAGGCAGACCCACGCUCGGACCGACGAACGCACAGAGGACGCACGAUGGCUGCACCUGGAGAGCCGUGCGGAGGCCCCGGGGUCUGGAACCAGACAGAGCGGGAGCCUGCUGUCUACAGCCCCCUGAGCCUGUGCUUCCUGAGAUCCGCAGGGGUCUGGCUGCCCGCCUUGUACCUCUGGAUCCUGGGCCCCAUCUACCUCCUCCACAUCCAGCGCCAUGGCAGGGGCUACCUCCGGAUGUCCCCACUCUUCAAAGUGAAAAUGGUGCUUGGGUUCGCCCUCAUCCUCCUGUGUGCCUUCAACGUGGCUGUCCCUCUUUGGAAAAUCCAGCAGGGAACACCCCAGGCCCCAGAAUUCCUUAUUCACCCGACGGUGUGGCUGACCACCAUGAGCUUCGCCGUGUUCCUGAUUCACGUCGAGAGGAAGAAGGGAGUCCGGGCUUCCGGGCUGCUAUUUGGGUACUGGCUGCUCUGCUGCCUCUGGCCAGCCACCAGCACCACCCAGCAGGCUCUGAGAGGGGGCUUCCGGAGUGACCCGCUCCGCCACCUGUCCACCUACCUGUGCUUGUCCCUGGUGGUGGCGGAGUUCGUGCUGUCCUGCCUGGUGGAUUGGCCCCCCUUCUUCCCUAAGGACGCCCAGCAGUCGAAUCCGUGUCCCGAGGCGGCGGCCUCCUUCCCGUCCAGAGCCAUGUUCUGGUGGGCUUCUGGGCUGCUCUGGAGGGGCUACAGGAAGCCGCUGGGACCCAGAGACUUCUGGUCGCUUGAGCAAGAAAACUCCUCCGAAGAGCUGGUUUCCCAGUUGGAAAGAGAAUGGACCAGGACCCGUGGCGAGGCCCCCAGGCGCACCAAGGUAUUUAAGAGCAGAGGAGGCGGCGUGGAGGCCGUGGAGACGGAGGCAGCAGAGACCGACGCCUUCCUGCAGCAGGAGGGGAGCCAGCGGGGGCCGCUGCUCAGGGCCAUCUGGCGGGUGUUCCAGCCCACCUUCCUCCUGGGGACCCUCAGCCUUGUGGUCAGCGACGUCUGCAGGUUCACCAUUCCCCGGCUCCUCAGCCUGUUUCUGGAGUUCAUGGGCGACCCCGAGGCCCCGGCCUGGAAGGGGCCCCUCCUGGCCGUGCUGAUGUUCCUCUCGGCCUGCCUGCAGACGGUAUUCGAGCAGCACUACAUGUUCAGGAUCAAGGUGCUGCAGAUGAGGCUGCGGACGGCCAUCACCGGCCUGGUGUACAGGAAGGUCCUGGCCCUGUCCAGCAGCUCCAGAAAGGCCAGCGCGGUGGGGGACGUGGUCAACCUGCUGUCUGUGGACCUGCAGCGGCUCACGGAGAGCGUGCUCUACCUCAACGGGCUGUGGAUGCUGCUGCUCUGGAUCGUCAUCUGCUUCAUCUACCUGUGGCAGCUUCUCGGACCCUCCGCCCUCACAGCCAUCGCUGUCUUCCUGGGCCUCCUCCCUCUGAAUUUCUUCAUCACGAAGAAGAGGAGCCACCACCAGGAGGAGCAGAUGAGGCAGAAGGACGCCCGGGCGGGGCUCACCAGCUCCGUCCUCAGGACCAUGAGGACCAUCAAGUCGCACGGCUGGGAGGAGGCCUUCCUGGAGCGGGUCCUGCGCAUCCGGGGCCAGGAGCUGGGUGCCCUGAGGAUGUCCGCCCUCCUCUUCUCCGUGUCCCUGGUGUCCUUCCAAGUGUCCACCUUUCUGGUGAUGUCGCCGUUCCCCUGCAGGGCCUGGGCCGGGGGAGGGCGUGCCGGGGCGGGCGGCUGGGCCACGCGGACCCCUGGGGACCCCGCGGCGUGGCCGGCCGUCUCAGGGUCAGCCCCGGGGCCUCUCCAGGUGGCGCUGGUCGUGUUUGCCGUCCACACUCUGGUGGCCGAGGAGAACACCAUGGAUGCAGAGAAAGCCUUUGUGACCCUGACCGUGCUCAGCGUCCUCAACAAAGCCCAGGCCUUCCUGCCCUUCUCCGCCCACAUCAUUGUCCAGGCCCGGGUGUCCUUCGACCGUCUGGCCGCCUUCCUGUGCCUGGAAGAGGUGGACCCCAGCGCAGUGGGCCGCAGCGCCUCCGGCGGUGCUGCUGGGAAGGACUGUGUUGCCAUCCACAACGGCACCUUCGCUUGGUCCCGGGACGGCCCUCCCUGCCUGCACGGGAUCAACCUGGCCGUGCCCCAGGGCUGUCUGCUGGCGGUUGUGGGUCCAGUGGGGGCAGGGAAGUCCUCCCUGCUCUCUGCCCUCCUCGGGGAGCUGCUGAAGGUGGAGGGGUCUGUGAGCGUCAAGGGUCCCGUGGCGUACGUGCCCCAGGAGGCCUGGGUGCAGAACGCCACCCUCGUGGAGAACGUGUGCUUCAGGCAGGAGCGGGACCUGCCCUGGCUGCAGCAGGUCCUGGAGGCCUGCGCCCUGCGGCCCGACGUGGACAGCUUCCCCGCGGGGAUCCACACGCCCAUUGGAGAGCAGGGCAUGAAUCUCUCCGGGGGCCAGAAGCAGCGGCUGAGCCUGGCCCGGGCUGUAUACAGAAAGGCUGCCGUGUACCUGCUGGACGACCCCCUGGCAGCCCUGGAUGCCCAUGUUGGCCAGCACGUCUUCACCCGUGUCAUCGGGCCUGGCGGGCUUCUCCAGGGGACAACGCGGAUCCUCGUGACCCACACGCUGCACGUGCUACCCCAGGCCGACUGGAUCGUGGUGCUGACGGAGGGCGCCAUUGCGGAGACGGGCACCUACCAGGAGCUUCUCCGCAGGAAGGGGGCGCUGAUGGGCCUCCUGGAGGGAGCCAGGCAGCGAGGAGCUGCAGCAGGAGGAGAAGCAGAACCUGUGGCCAGUGCCAGUGACCCUGGUGGCUCCCCUGGAGGCAGGAGGCCUGAGCACACACCAGAGCGUGACAGGUCCAUCAGGUCGACCCCUGGAGGGGAUGCCACCACUUCAGAAGGCCAGAUGGCGGUUCUUCAAGAUGACCCUGAGCGGGCAGGACAGCCGGCAGCAGAGGACAGCGCGCGUCAUGGCCGGGUGAAGGCCGCCAUGUACCUGACCUACCUGCGGGCUGUGGGCGCCCCGCUCUGCCUCUACACGCUCUUCCUCUUCCUCUGCCAGCAAGCGGCCUCCUUCUGCCAGGGCUACUGGCUGAGCCUGUGGGCUGACGACCCGGUCGUGAACGGGCGGCAGGCGCACACGGCCCUGCGGGGCUGGGUCUUCGGGCUCCUCGGCUGUCUCCAAGCCAUCGGGCUGUUUGCCUCCAUGGCCGCCGUGUUCCUGGGAGGGGUCCGGGCGUCCGGCCUGCUCUUCCGAAGGCUCCUGUGGGACGUGGCUCGGUCUCCCAUUGGCUUCUUCGAGCGGACGCCCGUCGGGAACCUGCUGAACCGCUUCUCCAAGGAGACGGACACCGUGGACGUGGACAUCCCCGACAAAGUCCGCUCCCUGCUGAUUUACACCUUCGGGCUCCUGGAGGUCGGCCUGGUGGUCUCCAUGGCCACCCCGCUGGCCAUCCUGGCCAUCCUGCCCCUGGUGCUCCUCUACGCUGGGUUCCAGAGCCUGUAUGUGGCCACCUCAUGCCAGCUGAGGCGACUGGAGUCGGCCAGCUACUCAUCUGUGUGUUCCCACGUGGCCGAGACAUUCCAGGGCAGCCAGGUGGUCAGAGCGUUCCGAGCCCAGGGCCUCUUUGUGGCUCAGAACGAUGCUCUCGUGGAUGAAAACCAGAGGGUCAGUUUCCCGCGACUGGUGGUGGACAGGUGGCUGGCGGCCAACAUGGAGCUCCUGGGGAACGGGCUGGUGUUGGUGGCCGCCAUGAGCGCAGCGCUCAGCAGGGCCCGCCUCAGCGCUGGCCUCGUGGGCUUCUCUGUCUCGGCCGCCCUGCAGGUGACCCAGACUCUGCAGUGGGUUGUUCGCAGCUGGACUGACCUGGAGAACAGCAUCGUGUCCGUAGAGCGGCUCCGAGACUACGCCCGCACGGCCAAGGAGGCUUCCUGGAGGCUGCCCACCUGCGCAGCCCGGCCCCCCUGGCCUCGAGGGGGACAGAUCGAGUUCCGGAACUUUGGUCUGAGACACCGACCGGAGCUCCCCCUGGCUGUGCAGGGUGUGUCCCUCAGGAUCCAUGCGCGGGAGAAGGUGGGCAUCGUGGGCAGGACGGGCGCCGGGAAGUCCUCGCUGGCUGGGGCCCUGCUGCGGCUGCAGGAGGCAGCCGAGGGCGGGAUCUGGAUCGACGGGGUCCCCAUCGCCCACGUGGGGCUGCACGUACUGCGGUCCAGGAUCACCAUCAUCCCGCAGGACCCCAUCCUGUUCCCCGGCUCUCUGCGGAUGAACCUGGACCUGCUGCAGGAGCACACGGACGAAGCCAUCUGGAUGGCCCUGGAGACCGUGCAGCUCAAGGCCUUCGUGGCCAGUCUGCCUGGCCAGCUGCAGUACAAAUGUGCCAGCCAGGGAGACGACCUGAGCGUGGGUCAGAAGCAGCUCCUGUGUCUGGCACGUGCCCUUCUCCGGAAAACCCAGAUCCUCAUCCUGGAUGAGGCCACGGCUGCAGUGGACCCGGGGACGGAGCUGCAGAUGCAGGCGGCCCUCGGGGGCUGGUUUGCCCAGUGCACGGUGCUGCUGAUCGCCCACCGCCUGCGCUCGGUGAUGGACUGCAGCAGGGUGCUGGUCAUGGACAAGGGGCAGGUGGCAGAGAGCGGCAGCCCAGCCCAGCUGCUGGCCCACAAAGGCCUGUUCUACAGGCUGGCUCAGGAGUCAGGCCUGGUCUGAGGCGGGCCCCUCAACGGUCCCCUGGCUGGACAGCCCUCAGAGCCCGCCGUGUCCUAGAGAUGCCAGUGACCUGGCCGUCAUCAGUGGCUUCCUGUCGUGUCAAGUCCAGACUCUGUUCUAGGAGGAAAAUGGCCCAGAAAGUGCCGAUUUUCACAGAAUAUCAGACCCAGAUGGACCCAACAAGCUGCAGGGCAGCCUGGGCCAGGCCAGCUCAGCCCCGUCCACUCUGGGGUCAGUCGACAGUGCCCGCCGGACUCACCUGGGAGCUUGGCAACAGACCCACACUCAGGUCCAGCCCAGAUCAAUUAAACCCGACUCCUGGGGCCAGGGGUGUGCACUUCUUCCAAAUUAACUGUGUUGAAGACAUUCUGGGCUCAGUGACAUCUUGCUAAACUUGCGUGCAAGAUCACGUGUCGACAGGGACACGGCCCAGCCCCUGUUCACGCCUCCAGUUCUGCUCGUGCGUUCACAGGGCACCCCCACCGCGGGGACAAGGAGCAGCCCCACCCCGAGGACCCCUCCUGCUGCCACCUGCGGCCACACCCACCUCCCGCUGGCCCCACAGCUGCUGAUGGGUUUUCCCUUUGGAUAUUUUGAAACCAUGAUUUCAGUGUCGGCCAGGAGGAGGAAGGGGUGCCCCGAACCUCCUUGUAGAGGAGCUCCCGGCUUGUCCCCUCUGGACACAUGAGCCAGGUCCCCACACGGAAAGGGCCCUCCAGGCACAGGCAAGCACGGCACACACUCAGUUCCCAGCUCCCAGCUGCCAGGACCCCGGGGCUCCAGCCGGGAGAACCCGCCCAGGACUCGGCACGUGGUUGCUAAAGACCAGACCCCUGCUCCGUUCCAGGGGAGCCCCUGCGACCAUCAGAAGGCCCCGAGGGUUCUGGUCAGACUCGUGCUGCAGACGGUACCUAGGGCCUUAACCAGGGCCCAUCCACCUCAGCGCCUCGUCCUGCUCACGCCCAGACGUGUAGAUCAGCCCCAGGCACCAGGAGAGGACCAGGGAGUCUCAGGUGGCCGAGUCGAAGGUCACACAGACACGUGUGAAGGGCAGCCCGAGAAACCAGCUCCCCGACCCUCACCAUGCGAGUCGGGGCUCCUCACCGACCCAGGCGCUGCCGUCAGGAUAAACCAGCGACAGGCGGGAUGCGGUGGGAAGCAGAGCUGGGAUGCUCCCGCCUCGCAGCGUGGCCAGGAGUGACGUGGGGCAGGAGCACUCUGGCCGGGCGUCCUGUGCAGCACAGGGUGUUUAGCAGCGUUCUUGGGCUGGACCUGCCAGGUGCCAGUGGCGUGUCCCUCUAAUCGUGACAAAAAAAGUUUCAUACACAGCCAUCUGUCCCCUGGGGUGCGUGUGUCAGAUCAGUAUGCUGUCCUGCUGCCAUGGGUCACCUGCUGCACGCAGUCACCCCGAUGGUGCCAGGCGGGACUCAGGGCUGCUCCCCCGCAGCCGAGGGCCUCCGCCUGCUGAUGGGUUUUGCGCUGGGCUUGAAUCCCGGGAGCAGCUUCAGUCCCCUUUGCCCUGAGGUAGAGGCAGCGGGUCCUUCUGGUGCCUUCGGCAUGGGUCGGGGUGCCCCCACCCCCAGCCACCGGCCCCUUCUGACAACCUGUUCCCAGCUCUGCUUUGCAGAUGGGGAGACUGCAGAGAAAGGGUCGGCCCUGCCCGGGGCACUCUGCUCUCCUCUGCCAGCAGCGCAGCCACCUGGCACCCCUGCCUAGUGGUCACAGGCAGAGGUGAGCUUAGCUGGGGUGGCUCCUGGCCACCAGAGCCUCCAUCAUAGACCAGGGAGCCGAGUGUGGGCAACGGGUGGUCGGCGCGUGGGAGCAGCACCCUGGAGCCUGCUCGCGAGGCUGCUGUUGGCCCACACCAUGAGUCUUGGACAGCAGCCAGGAGGCUGUCCAGGCCACUGGUCCCCCUGCCAGAGGCUCCUGCCAGCAGGCCCGGCUCGUGGGAGGAGCACGGGUCUGGCAGGGACGCGUUCAGAGGACCUCGGCCAGGGCCUGCCUCCGCAGGUUUCUCGGCCUCAGGCUGCUCGAAGUGCCUGCCACGUGGCCAGUGAGCCCAGCUAGAGGAGGUAGUGCUGUGAGUGCCCGUCCUAGGACCCAGGGCUGGGCGGAGCUUCUCUUACACCCUCUUCCUUUUCUUUUUUGGUACCAGGGAUUGAACCCGGGGCUGCUUUACCCUGAGCCACAUCCCAGCCCUUUUAAUUUUUUAUUUCGAGAUAGAGUCUAAGUUGCUGAGGCUGGCCUCGAACUCGUGAGCCUCCUUCCUCAGCCUCUUGAGCCGCGGCGCGGGCCAUUGGGCCUCUGUCAGAGGGGAAGACUGGGACCAAGGGCCUGUUGUAAGUCGGUGUCCCCGCCAGUCAGGCUUCAGCGCCACGUCCUGACCCGCAGGUGACGCUGCCCCUCUGGGCUCUCUGGCAUCAGCACACAGCAAGGGCCCGCUUCCACCUGGACUCCCCAAGGACGGCGGGAGCCUCCUUUCCUCCCUGCACUGUCCGCCACGUCUCCCCCACACGCGGCACUUGGGCUCCCUGCACACCACGUGACAGGAGGGAGGGAGGGCACGUGACUGACCCCAUGGGGUCCAUGGGGUCCUCGGGGCUGGGCCUGGUCCAGGGGUGUUACCUGGUCUGUUUCUGUCCUCACCAAGGCCCAGCCAGGGGGACCUGAGGACCCCAGUUGUGCGGAUGAAGAAGCCGCAGUUCCUGAAGGGCAAACCUGGCAGGCCAGGCUCCCGGUGGCGAGUCCAGCCGCCUGCGCAGGUCGUGCUGGGCUGUGCAGAGACGGCAGCAGGAGGAACAGAGACCCUGCUUGGCAGAGCCAGGUGCUCAGAUGCACAGGGCGGAGCCAGGGGCCGCCCUCGGGGCAAGCCGACAGGAGCCGGCCAUCAGCUCGUGUCCUGGAUCACCAUGGCACUGCCGGAAAGCCAGCAGGAGGGGGUGGCCAGGGACAGAGGCCAGGAGGUCACUGAGGAAGCCACUGUAGGGACACAAGAGCCAGAGGCAGCAAAGGGAGGAAGAAGUGGUUGGAUCCUGGAUGUUUUGGAGAAAGUACCAAAUCAGCCCUUGGAUCGAUCAGACAGAGGGUGGGGAUGGAGGAGCAGCCGGGGCCCUCCAACAGUUUCGCAGACAGAGCCUGGAGCCAGGCACAUAGUAGGUGCACAAGAAAACUGAGUGCCGCUUCUCCUUCAAGACACCGAAGCACUUACCUUGGCGGGUAAGGCCUUGCUCAGCAGUCUCUUCACAAAGCAGGCUAAACUUAAACGCAGCCCUGGGUCUCUCCUGAGCAGCCUGUGCCCAGCCCAACAACCCCUAGACACGCACCAGGUCCAACCCUCAGAGACCUGUCUACAGUCAGACCUGGGGUUUUAAUGCAGGGGGACAGGCUCCGAAACGGGGACACACCUCACGCCUAAAAUCCAGACUCCUCACCAGCAGAUCCGACUGAGUUUAAAUGGCCAAAACCUCACCAGCUUUGAUUCAGUGGCUGCCUUCCUGAUCUGCAGUCUCUGAUGCGAGUUGAUGGUUUAUUCAGGGAACAGCAGUGCAUGGGGGGACAAUGGAAGUGCUAGAAUGUUCCAUCUGCACAUGUACUAAGUGCACGGUCUUGGCGUAGCAUAAAGGGCGUGCCCCCGGGUAUCCACUGGCUCACGAACUCCAAGACUCACAGUCCCGUCUCGUGACCCAAACUUAUCCAUCAGAACGGGGAGGAACCGCCUCCCACGCACACACCCCAUUUCCAGCAUCCCCUGUUGGCUGGGUCUAAACACGCGGCCUGACUUUGGCUCAGGGGCUGAGUGGGAUUGCUUCAGGUCUGCUCCGGGACUCAUCCACCCGCUUCCUCUGUUCUGGGGACGCGGAAGCCAGCCCUGGAGGCUGCCGGCCCUGAAGUGUUGGGAGAGUGGGAUGUAAACCCUCGAGCUCACUUCCCAGGACUUUAGGGCUCAUGGGUCAUGGCAGCCCAGCCUGGUCUGUCCUACCACGAAGGCAGGUUCCAGGGUAACAUUGGCCACAUGGGACUUAUGCCUGAGCACCUGAGCUGGCCACGUGUUGCAAAUACCACGGCUCAACCUCCUAAGAACGCCACGAGGUAGUUCCGACCAGCCCCUUUCCACAGACCAAGCAACGGGGGUGGCAGCAGGAUCACGCGACAGGUGACCAGGGAAGGACUCUGAUUCACUGACCCCAAAGCCCAGGCUCUGCGCACCUGCUGAAUCCCACCCAGCUCCCUCUAGGAAGAACACACCUGCCACAUCCCGACUCUGUCUGGGAGCCACCUUUGCUGACACCCGAAAGAAAACAGAACAGUUGUUUAGAAAGAAAUAAAGUAUUCUUUUUACUGCAAAUUAUUUGCAAAUGUUCACGUUUCCAGUGUUAAGUUGUUACAAAAAGAUUCCCAAGAAAAACUUGGAUUCUCUAACGUGAAAGAAUGGUAUAACUUACAAAAAAUAAAUAUAUAUUUCCACUUAAAAGAAGAAAGAUGUUUCUCUGGGUUUGAAGACGGCAACGUGAUUCAGAGCAAGUAUGAACUCUGGAGCAGAGGGAGCUCUCGCUGGCUUCAGGGGUCUCGCUUUCGUCUGUCACCGAGACACCUAAAGGACCCUCUGGGAAGGACUCCCCCUCUUGGUUUUCUUCCAAAGACACAUGGACCAAAUGCUAAACGCAGGGCCAGGUUUGGCUACUCCCUGGGGAUGCUGCUCCUCGGCUUGAUACUUCCUCCUAAGAAAUUAAACUCUUAAGAUGAUCUUUUCCCCUGGAGCAGGACUUGAAAAAAAAAAAAAAAAAGAAUGAGUUCUUAUCCUGGAAGAAAAUCAGGAACUAAAUGUCAAACUCUCCGCAAGGCUGCUCUCUGGCAGCCAGGCAGAUGGCAAGGGUGAGAAAUUAAAAUCUAAAAUGGAGAAGACUGAACUCUUUUUGGUACCAACGGGUAACACCUGGGAUGCUUCGUAACCGUGAGUAGACCUUCAUCUCCUCCGGGUACCGGGAGGAGGAGACCCGCCCUGGCGCUGGGUAACGAGCGCAGGAAGGCCAGGAAGGAAGC